AUGGCAUCGGCAGACACGGAAGCAGCCAUGAAAUAUUCCAAGACCUUUAAGAAUAUCAUCAGGGACAAGGGCUACCGUCCAGAGCAGGUGUUUAAUAUGGAUGAGACUUGCUUGUUCUGGAAGAAAAUGCCUUCACGGACAUAUCUCAUGAAGGAUGAAGCCAAAGCCCCUGGGUUUAAAGCCCAGAAGGAUAGGGUUACCCUUAUCAUGUGUGGCAAUGCUGCUGGCUUUAUGCUGAAACCAGGCCUCAUUUAUAAGGCUGCUAACCCCAGGGCCCUCAAGAAUAAGAACAAGAACUUCCUGCCUGUGUUUUGGAUGCACAACGCCAAGGCGUGGACCACCAAAGUCCUUAUGUCUAACUGGUUCAUUCAGAGCUUCAUCCCUCAAGUUAAGGAAUACCUUAUAGACUUGUGCAUGGAGUUCAAGGUGCUAUUGAUCAUGGAUGGUGCUGGUGGCCACCCUGUGGAUCUUUAUUGCGAGGGAGUCCAGCUUGAGUUCCUCCCUGCCAACACCACCUCCCUCCUCCAGCCUAUGGGUCAGGGUGUGAUCCGUGCCUUCAAGGCACUCUACACCCAGAAUUCCCUUGAGCACCUUUUGAGGGAAAUGGAUACUAGCAGUGAAAUUAUGCUGAAGAAGUGUUGGCAUAAAUUCACGAUUGCCACAUGCCUGGGCGUCAUUGACAGAUCGUUGAAAGAUAUGAAGAAGGAGACCCUUAAUGCGUGCUGGAAGAAGUUGUGGCCGGAGUGUGUUCACAAUUAUAAGGGCUUCUCACCUGAAGAAAUUCAACAUUCAGCCAUUAAUAAGGCAGUGCAAUUGGCGAGGACGCUUGGUGGAGAAGGCUUCGAUGACAUCACCGAGGGUGAAAUCGGCAGCCUCAUUGAUGACAACUCUGACCCCGUGACGGACCAGGAUUUGGAAGAGCUGAAAAAAUCUGCCAGCGAGGAAGAAGUCAUAGCAGGUUCAGGAGACGAGGAGGAUGAAGGCCUGCAUUUGGAACGUUUAUCCCAACUUAAGACGAUAAUCAAAAAGGUGCAGGAGUCAGCUUUGGCAUGGGAUCCUUGUAUGGAACGCUCCUUAAAGUUCAUAAAUGCCCUUGAUGCGGCAAUGGCGCCCUAUACUGACGUCAUUAUCAGCAUGAAGAAGCAGCAACAGCAGCUACCUAUCACCAUGUUUCUUGAGCGGAUGAAGAAGGACCCUUCAAAGCCUCCCAAAACCCCUGAAGAAAUGCACUUGGUGGACAAAGCGCCUGAAGAAGGAGAAGAGGCACCCCCAGAGGGAAUGUGA